AUGGCACCCAGCCACAGUGGCAAGAUCCUGAAGCCCCACUUCCACCAGGACUGGCAGCAGCGAGUGGCCGUAUGGUUCAACCAGCCUGCGAGACGCAGGAGGAAGACUCAACAAGCCAAGGCUUGCUGUACUGCUCUCUGGCCCAUGGCUGGGCUCAUUCGACCUACAGCGAGGCGCCCAACCAUCAGAUACAACAAAAGAGUCCAUGCUGGUAGAGGCUUCAGCCUGGAAGAGUUUAAGCUUGCUGGCAUUAACAAGAAGUCUGCCCAGGCUGUUGGAAUUUCAGUGGAUCCCUGGCAAUGCAACAAGCACACAGAGUCCCUGCAGGCCAACGUGCGGCAGCUGAAGGAGUACUGCUCUGAACUCAUCCUCUUCCUGCAGAAGCCAGCAAUGUCCAAGAAGGGAGGCAGCUCUCCUGAGCAACUCACGACGGCAGCUCAGCUCACCAGACCUGUCAUGCUGACCAAGAAUGCUCUCAGGCAGGAGAAGGUCUGUGUCAUCUCGGACAAUGAGAACCUCAGAGCCUUCGCCAGCGUGCCCAAGGCCUGGGCCAACGUCCUGCUCUUGAUUUGUGCACAACCUGCCAAAGAAGCGGUGAAACAGGAUGUGGAGAAGGAGAAAUGA